AUGUCCACAGGAGGAGAAGCAAAGAAAGAGAAAGAGCGCGAACUCACCACACCUCUCAGUUUUGAUGCCAGAGCGAAAGAGUUCCAAAAUGCGCAAUCCCUGCCCAUUGUGGGAGCUUGUUGUGGCUUGGAAGCUUUGGUCAAUGCCUUGUACAACAAAAUUCAGUAUUACCAUGGGGAUCCGCGGUCGAAAUCAGCUAGCCAAGUGAGUGAAAAUCAAACGGCAGAUAUACCAAGUCCAUCGAAGAAGGCGAAGAGCGCAGGAGAAACAAUUCCAUGGGAGAUGGACUUCGAUUCAGGGAAAGCCACCAAGAACACUGAAACACAGCUCACAAAGACGUGGGGUAGCUUGCUCGAUGAGAAUCUAUCGACUAGACAAGCCACAAGAAAGUCGACCCGACUAACGGGAGCACCACAGACUUCAUCACAACCGGAAAGUCAAGUCUCAAUGGGUAAUUCCACGGCGACUUCAGCAGAUUCUCAACCAUUCUCCCAGGGCUCAGCAAUGGGCGAAGAAUUUGGAGGGAAGACUGUGCGGGAAGCCCUAGACUACCUGAGAGAAAAACACGAUCAAGCAAGUGGUGACUUUGAGAUCAAAUAUACACAAUGGGUAGUGAACCGUCUCCUUGCCGCCGCACUGCCUAGCUUUCAAGAGCUGGCAAAGCGACCAGAAAACAGGUUGUGGUUAUCUCCUCUAGUGAAGAUGCAAGAAAAGAUCACUAUUGGUUUCUAUGUGGAAACAGAGCAUUCAAAGAAAGCAAGUGUGCGAUGUCCUGGUGUGCGAUGUCCUGAUAGCGCCUUCUUUCUUCAAGGCACAGGAGAUGACAGUUCAGGCUUCAAUCACGAGGUGUCAGGCUUGGCUAACCUGAUCUGUUUCAAGCACAAAAGUUCUCUCAGCGGAAAACAAAAGAAAAGGGACGCACUGUCAGAACUGACGAGAGAUUAUGUUCAGAAACUCUGUGCCGUCGACAUCCUUGGGCCGCAAAUUGGAUAUGGCGUAGUUACGGAUGGAAUUGAGUGGUUUUUCGUCAAAAUCGAGGCAAAGAGGGAAGGCCGCAGGGAAGUAGCUUCGUUCUUGGUUUAUGAGUCGAAAACAGUAAAUAUCUACGAUGGCAAUGACUACGAUUUCCAAGAGUUGGCCAAGUUUCUCAUUUUCACAUUUACUGAGAGCAUUGAAGAGUCGAAGCUUUCGAAAUCGCCUUUCGUCAAUAUCCAAGAUGAGGAUUACAAGGAAUUGUUGGAGAAUAUUCAGUUCGACAAUACCCGUGGCUUCAAAAUCACCAGGAUUCUUGCAACGCAACGCUUCUUUGCGGCAAAAGCAACAAGUAGUGAACAGAAAGAAGUUGUCUUGAAGAUCAUUUACAAACAAGCAGGAAUCCGUGCCAAGGAAUCCGUGCCAAGCGAAUGCUGGUCGAGCUUGACAACCUACGAAGCCUCAAAGACUGUCCAGCUGUUGUCAGGAUAUGAUGAUGAUGAAACCAUCGUUCCACCAUUCUUGGUACUUGAAGACGCCGGGGAGCCUCUCGACAAGCUAGUUGUGAGUGGAAAUGCAGGCAAAGAGCUUGCCAAAGUGGUAAAGCGAGAUAUUUGGGGAACAGCAUUGGAAGCACUGCGACAACACAAGUUGGUGCAUGCAGAUUUGCAUCCUGGGAACAUUUGUGUCAAGGAAUACAACGGGGAACUCCAGGCUCUGGUUGUGGACUUGGAGUCGGCAGUGCUGGAAGGAAGCGAGUUAGCUGAAAGUCCAAUCAAACAUAGGGAAGACCUUCUACUUAGCGGCCAGAAAGCACAGCUUAGAAUGGAUGAGAGUAUGAUCAUUGCAAUUCUUCAGUCCCUGUGGCACAAGGGAUCCUUUCAUGAGUUGAUACAAUGCGCAAAAGAGCUGAAAAAAAUGUCAGAUGAGGUUUUCUCAACAAAAAAAAGACCAGAUACUGGGAAUUAUACAAGAUUGUCACACUGGCACCUAAUAAUCAUUUACAGGCUAGUACUCUAA